AUGGGAGAAAGAACAAGUUGGUUUGGUCCUGCCAUGGCCGUAGUGAUGGUGAUCACCGGCUCGAUAAAUACCCUCUCUGCCAAAUGGGCUGACAAAAUUGUGUCGGAUAACAAACACUUCAAUCAUCCCUUUCUUCAGGUAAUGAUCGAAAUUAUAAAAAAGACGAACCCAAACACCUUUCCCUGCAGUAGCCCACCUAAGUCAGUAAUAAGAUGUUAGCC